AUGGCGCACAAGUCGCGAAAGUUCCAUGGGAACAUCCACCGACGCGGUUUAGUGGAUUCCGGCAGCGCGAAGAAGAAGGAUUUCAGCGUCGGUCCGGUGAUGCUGGGAUUCUUCGUCUUCGUCGUCAUCGGCUCGAGCAUUUUGCAAGUGCUCAAGUCUGCGUCUUCGGGACCUCUCGCCUCGCAAGCGAUGUAA